AACAAAACAAGAUAUGACUUUGGAAUUACCCCGCGUUUAUUCAAAUGACCAGGCUACGUUGACUUGCAAGGAAUAAUCCCAAUUUGAUACAUUCAAUUAAAUGUCCGAUUCAGAGGAUUCAGAUAUUGGUUUGCUUGUGCAAGCACUGCCAGUUUCGGAUUUUGAUUUGAAUGAUCCACCUAAUCACGAGAAGGCCCUUACAUCACCUGAUGAAUAUUUAAAAUUUGUGCGGUAUGUUUGAUAAAUAAUAAUGUUAAUGAUAGGUAUCAAGCUUCAUCAUUCCCGAGUGUGUUAUGUUGUCAAAAUCCGCCUACAGAUAUGGUCAAGCAAGCGGCUACCUCAGCAACUGAGUAUUUUAAAUCGACUGACAAUGAUAUUCAAAAAACCUGCAAGGUCAUUUCCACGAAGAUUUCAAGACAUUUACAAGAAAAUCAAAUCACUCAUUUCCGUAAAACUGUUGAUGAAUACCAAUGUUUGAAGUCACUAGUUUUGAGAAAUUUCGAUGAUAUGACUAAAACUGUUAUUCCAAUAACUAAAACAACAAUACUUGAACACACUCCAUCCUUAACUUGGAUCGCUCAACGAACCAGGUCAGAAAUUAUGACAUUGAUUAAUUUGGCUGCAUCCGUAUGCACCAAAAAGCACUGGAAUUCUAAAUUGAAUGUGUGGAUUUUUUCUCUUCUGGUUGCUUUGGAGCCACCAUUUCAUCCAGAUUUAUGCCAUGAUCUUCGCACUAUCGUUAAACGAUGCCGCAAAUUAAGACGGGAUUUCGAGCAGUCAUCAUUUUCUACUACUACUGAUAAUAAUGUGAAACAGUGCAGCGUUGUCGCUGAAGAUAUUGAAUUUUUCAAUUUAUGUAUCAAUCUUAUAUCUCAUACUUUUGGUCAAUCUGAUCUAGCCGAUGAAUUAACUGAGUAAAUGAUUUCUGUCUUUCUAUGUUCUUUUGUUAACUGGUAUUCACGUGUAAAUAAUAAUUUUAUUUCACACA